AUGGACGAGAUACACCCUGACAUCGUUAACAGCAUGGAGAUCGACAUGGAUGCUACGCCUACACAAGAAGUAGGGACACCAACAAGGCAGCUGAACGGGCGUGCCCAUGCCAAGGACGGCCGGCCCAAGAAGCCCAAGCCCGAAAGCAGACUCGCAGCCGUCGUGCGCUGCUGGCUGACAAGCGUGCUGCCGACUCUGCCCGGGCAGCCCCUGUUGGCGGACGUGUCACUGCCAGAGCGGUCGAUCGAGACGCUGGUGGCGCAGGCGCCCAAGCGCUGGGUGGUCUACGAGCCCAUGGUGCUGCUGCCGACGGGCAGCUUCAGCUUCGGUUUCAACGCUGGUGCUGCACCAACAACGACUUCCACGCCGAUGUUGUCAACGACAUCGACAGCGUCCGUGGUCUCGUCCACGUCACCGGCGCCGCCGCUAUGGCAGGACGUGCUGGCCGCCGUGUCGCGCGAACAGCAGGACCAACUGUGGCGCGACAUUCUACUGGCGCUGUCACCGCCACCGCGCGGCUCGGAAUUGGGCGAGGGCGUCGUCAACAACGCGCAGUUGACACACUUGGCCGUCAAUGAGGGGAUCCCGCUUCGUACGAGCGGCACAGACGAUGCAGAGAACAUUUUACGGUCCCCGACCGGCCUGCGGUUGCUCUACGGUGACUUUGGCCCGGCCACCACGGAAAACGGUGGUCCACCGACGGCCACAGACUUCCGGCGCACCUUCUGGGUCAGCACCAAACAGAACGGCCUCUACCAGACCUGGGCGCCUCGGUGGUCCAUGUUCAGCCGGGGCAACAUCAAGGAAAAGGCGAGGCUGCUGGACUGGCAGCAUGGUGACCCCAACAACGGCUGGGCCGUCGACCUCUACGCGGGCAUCGGCUACUUUGUUUUCUCGUAUGCCCAGCGCGGCCUGCGUGUGCUCGGCUGGGAACUCAACCCAUGGAGCGCGGAGGCCUUACGGCGAGGAGCGGCGCGCAACGGCUGGUCGGCCCGCGUCGUACGGCGUGCGGAAGACUUGGCACGACCAACGGCCGAUGUGGUGUUUUCGAACCUGGCAAACGACGACGAUGCAGACGAAACGAGUAACACAGAAGACGCUGAAAAGGACAGGAUGGAUGGCGACAACAAACAGCCCGAGAUUGUCAUCUUUGUCGAAGACAACGUACAUGCAGCACGGCGGCUUGCCGAAUUGCGCACAGCAGCAUCCGAGGCGUCUUCUUCACCGCCAGGCCCGACGCUCGGCCACAUCGUCCACGCCAAUUGUGGACUUUUGCCAACGAGUCGCGACACAUGGCGGACAGCAUUUGAUGCUGUCGUGGGCCGUCCAUCACAAACAGGAAACAGCAGUAGCAGGACCGGCUGGCUGCACCUCCAUGAAAAUGUCGGUGUGCAGGAGCUGAGCAGCCGGCAGGCGGAGAUCCAGGCACUGGUUGCGAUGUGGGCCAGCGAGGUGCCGGGUGCGUGCGUGGCCGUCGUCGAGCACGUCGAGCAGGUCAAGACGUUUGCACCGGGCGUUUGGCACUGUGUGUUUGACGUGCGGAUUGCGGUAUGA